UUUCGUGGUAGAUGUUCAUUUACGGGAAUUAUUACAAUAAAAAUGCGGUAGUGUAAGGUUCACCGUCUUUAAUCUGAAAUAAAACAGGCGGUUUGUGUGAAACUGGCCGCGAGGACAACAGUACGCGUCGGCCAAAUAUACUUCUGACUUAUAUUCCUUGAUGCAGUAUGAGAAAAGGCCCACGUAGUUAUAUUUUAGAGAGAAAAAAAGCAGGUGCCGCCUAGCUGCGAAAGAUGAAUGGAUCCUCGGUUUUAUUUUCCUUAGCGAGCGAACAGAAGCCCGAAUCCAGCGAGCUGCACUUCGCCUAAUGCCAGCCAGCAGGAUGACGGAAGAAAAUCUAUCCCGUGGAGCGGAGUAGCGCGGAGCAGCAGAGACGCAGGAAGCGGCCAGAGCCUCAGCAGCGAUGUCCGGCGCCUCGGUGAAGGUGGCCGUGCGGGUGCGGCCCUUCAACUCGCGGGAGAUCAGCAAGGAGUCCAAGUGCAUCAUCCAGAUGCAAGGCAACUCCACCAGUAUUUUGAAUCCAAAAAAUCCGAAGGAGGCAGCAAAGUCUUUCAGCUUCGAUUACUCGUACUGGUCGCACACAUCGCCGGACGACUCCUGCUUCGCCUCGCAGAACCAGGUGUACAAUGACAUCGGGAAGGAGAUGCUGGAGCACGCCUUCGAGGGCUACAACGUCUGCAUCUUCGCCUACGGCCAGACGGGUGCCGGCAAGUCCUACACCAUGAUGGGAAAGCAGGAGGAGGGUCAGGAGGGCAUCAUCCCACAGCUCUGUGAAGAACUGUUUGAGAUGAUCAAUGAUAACAGCAAAGAGGAUCUGUCAUACUCUGUGGAGGUCAGUUACAUGGAGAUCUACUGCGAACGUGUGCGAGACCUGCUCAACCCCAAGAACAAGGGCAACCUGCGGGUACGAGAGCACCCCCUGAUGGGGCCCUACGUGGAGGACCUGUCCAAGCUGGCUGUCACGUCCUACACGGACAUCGCCGACUUGAUGGACGCCGGCAAUAAGGCUCGGACGGUCGCAGCCACCAACAUGAACGAGACGAGCAGCAGGUCCCACGCUGUCUUUACCAUAGUCUUCACACAGAGGAAACAUGACAGCGAGACUGAUCUCUCGACUGAGAAAGUCAGCAAAAUCAGCCUGGUGGAUCUGGCUGGCAGCGAGAGAGCUGACUCCACAGGAGCCAAAGGGACGAGGUUAAAGGAAGGUGCCAACAUCAACAAAUCACUGACCACACUGGGGAAGGUCAUCUCGGCCUUGGCAGAAGUGGAUAACUGUACCAGCAAGAGCAAGAAGAAGAAGAAGAGCGACUUCAUCCCGUACAGGGACUCCGUCCUGACCUGGCUGCUCAGAGAGAAUCUUGGUGGAAACUCCAGAACCGCCAUGGUAGCAGCCCUCAGUCCAGCAGACAUCAACUACGACGAGACCCUCAGCACGUUACGGUAUGCAGACAGGGCCAAACAGAUCAAGUGCAAUGCUGUGAUCAACGAGGACCCCAACGCCAAACUGGUGCGUGAGCUGAAGGACGAGGUCACACGACUGAAGGACCUGCUCCGUGCCCAGGGCCUGGGCGACAUCCUAGACAUCGAGCCAAUGGGAGAUGAAUGCCCAGGAAGUGGAAGCAAAUACCUGAAAGACAUACACAACAAUAAGCAUAGGUACUUGCUAGCCUCAGAGAACCAACGGCCUGGCCAUCUCUCCACAGCCCCCAUCAGCGCCCUGGCGGGGGGCUCGCCCCCUGGCUCACUGCUUGGCCUGGGGGGUUUUCCCUCUGUCACCAGCAUCCAGGAGCGCAUCAUGUCCACGCCGGGUGGAGAGGAAGCCAUAGAACGACUGAAGGAAUCCGAGAAGAUCAUCGCCGAGCUUAAUGAGACCUGGGAGGAGAAACUUCGGAAAACAGAGGCAAUUCGCAUGGAAAGAGAGGCGCUCUUGGCAGAGAUGGGCGUGGCCAUCCGUGAGGAUGGGGGCACCCUGGGUGUCUUCUCACCAAAAAAGACACCCCAUCUGGUCAAUUUGAACGAGGACCCGCUGAUGUCGGAGUGCCUGCUGUAUUACAUCAAAGACGGCAUCACCAGGGUUGGCCAGGCGGACGCAGAGCGGCGGCAGGAUAUCGUCCUGAGCGGCGCCCACAUCAAGGAGGAGCACUGCAUCUUCCGCAGCGAGAGAAACCUCAAUGGGGACGUGGUCGUCAUGUUGGUGCCCUGCGAGGCUUCGGAGACCUACGUCAACGGCAAGCGUGUGGAAUCGGCCGUGCAGCUGCGCUCGGGCAACCGCAUCAUCAUGGGGAAGAACCACGUGUUCCGCUUCACCCACCCUGAGCAGGCGCGCGCCGAGCGGGAGAAGACGCCGUCCGCAGAGACGCCCGUGGAGCCUGUGGACUGGACCUUUGCACAGCGCGAGCUGCUGGAGAAGCAGGGCAUCGACAUGAAGCAGGAGAUGGAGAAGAGGCUGACAGAAAUGGAGAUCCUGUACAAAAAGGAGAAGGAAGAGGCCGACCAGCUCCUCGAACAGCAGAGGCUGGUAUACGAGAGCAAGCUGCAGGAGCUGCAGAAACAGGUGGAGACACGCUCCCUUGUGGCAGAGACCCCUGAUGAGGAGGAAGAGGAGGAAGAGGAGGAGGAAGUGCCCUGGACGCAGCAUGAGUUUGAGCUGGCGCAGUGGGCCUUCCGCAAGUGGAGGUACCAUCAGUUCACCUCGCUCAGGGACCAGCUGUGGGGCAAUGCAGUGUACCUGAAGGAGGCCAACGCCAUCAGCGUGGAGCUGAAGAAGAAGGUGCAGUUCCAGUUCGUGCUGCUGACGGACACGCUGUACUCGCCGCUGCCGCCCGAGCUGCUGCCGCCCGAGCCCGAGAAGGAGCGCGUCCCUCGGCCCUUCCCGCGCACCGUGGUGGCCGUGGAGGUGCAGGAUCUGAAGAAUGGUGCCACGCACUACUGGUCCCUGGAGAAGCUAAAGCAGAGGCUGGAACAGAUGCGGGAGAUGUACGACCGGGCUGGGGAGAUGGCCUCCACCCACCAGGAGGAGGGAGAGGGCAUCCUCACCGGGAGCGACCCUUUCUACGACCGCUUCCACUGGUUCAAGCUGGUGGGCAGCUCCCCGAUCUUUCACGGCUGUGUGAAUGAGCGCCUGGCCGAUCGCACCCCCUCGCCCACCUUCUCCACUGGCGAUUCGGACGUCACCGAGCUGGCGGACGAGCGGCACAGCGAGAUGGAUGACCUGCUGGAUGACGAGGCCUUCGUGGAUGACACCAGCUCUGAUGCUGGCACAGAAGAAGGCUCGGACAUCUUUGGAGAUGGCCAGGACCCCUUUUAUGACCGCUCCCCCUGGUUCACCCUGGUGGGAAGGGCUUUCGUCUACCUGAGUAACCUGUUGUACCCGGUGGCCCUGGUGCACCGCGCGGCCAUCGUGACGGAGAAGGGCGAGGUGCAGGGCAUGCUGCGAGUGGGCGUGCAGGCCAUAGCAGCCGACGAAGAGGCUCCAGAUUACGGCUCUGGCGUUCGACAGUCCGGCAUGGCCAAGAUCUCCUUUGACGACGAAUAUUUCAAGAAGCAGGGCAGCGACUGCAUCCCGGCCAUGAGCCACUGCGGCCUCUCUCUGGAGGAGCUGCGCAUCGUGGAGGGGCAGGGUCAGAGCUCAGAGGUCAUCACGCCCUCGGAGGAGAUGAAUAGGAUAAACGACAUGGAUCUGAAGCUGGGAGGUAUGGAUGGCAAACUGGGCCACCUGGAGCUGGGCAGUGUCUUCACCUUCCGCGUGACGGUCCUCCAGGCCAGUGGCAUCCCGCCCGAAUAUGCCGACAUCUUCUGCCAAUUCAACUUCCUCCACCGGCAUGAUGAGGCCUUUUCCACCGAGCCCCUGAAGAACACAGGCAAAGGGACGCCCCUCGGAUUCUAUCAUGUACAAAACGUGGCUGUGGAGGUGACGGAGUCAUUCAUCGAGUAUGUGAAAAGCAAACCUAUCGUGUUUGAAGUAUUUGGGCACUACCAGCAGCACCCCCUGAAUCUCCAGGGUCAGGAGAAUCUCAGUGCCCCACAGCCGUCCAGGAAAUAUUACCCCCCACCUAUGCCUCUGUCCAAACCAGUACCAGCAACCAAGCUCAACACCAUCACCAAGUCCAACCUGGGCCAGUGUGUGAGCAAGUAUGACCUGCUGGUGUGGUUCGAGAUCAGCGAGCUGGAGCCCACUGGAGAAUAUAUCCCAGCGGUGGUGGACCACAGUGUCGGUCUGCCCUGCCAGGGUACCUAUCUGCUACACCAGGGCAUCCAGCGUAGGAUUACAGUUACCCUCAUCCAUGAGAAGGGCAGUGAGCUGCACUGGAAGGAUGUGCGCGAGCUGGUGGUCGGGAGGAUCAGGAGCAAACCCGAGGUGGACGACACUACAGCAGACGCUGUCCUGUCCCUCAACAUCAUUUCAGCUAAGAACAUCAAGUCUUCCCACAGCUCCAGCAGGACCAUCUACCGUUUUGAAGCUGUGUGGGACAGCUCCCUGCACAAUUCUCUCCUGCUUAACCGGGUCACACCCUACGGCGAGAAGAUCUACAUGACUCUGUCGGCCUACCUGGAGCUUGACCACUGUAUCCAGCCAGCCAUCAUUACCAAGGACAUCUGCAUGGUCUUCUACUCCAGAGAUGCCAAGAUCUCACCCCCUCGCUCUCUGAGGAACCUCUUUGGAAGUGGCUACUCUAAGACCCCGGACUGCAAUAGAGUCACAGGAAUCUAUGAGCUGAGCUUGUGCAAGAUGGCUGACACAGGAAGUCCAGGAAUGCAGCGGAGGAGGAGGAAGGUCUUGGACACAUCGGUAGCCUACGUGCGGGGAGAGGAAAACCUGGCCGGCUGGAGGCCCAGAGGAGACAGCCUGAUCCUGGAGCACCAGUGGGAGCUGGAGAAGCUGGAGCAGCUGCAUGAGGUGGAGAAGACGCGGCACCUACUGCUGCUGCGGGAGAAGCUGGGAGAGUCACCGCCCAAAUCCCUGAGCGAGUCUCUGUCCCCAAGCCUGAGCUCGGACUCCCUCAGCACGUCCACAUCAAUCUCCUCCCAGAUGUCCAGCGGCACCAUUGAAAGCGCCGUCACGCCCAGCGAGAGCAGCGGCUACGACUCAGCUGACAUCGAGAGCCUGGUGGACCGAGAGAAGGAGCUGGCUUCAAAGUGCCUGCGGCUCCUGACUCACACCUUCAACACGGAAUACAGUCAGGUGUGCAGCAGUAUCAGCGACUGCAAGCUAUCAGACAUUUCCCCCAUGGGUCGUGACUCCUCCAUCACCAGCCUGAGCAGCGCCACCCUCACUCCGUCCUCCACCUGCCCCUCCUUGGCCGAUUCCCGCUGCAGCUCUGUUGACCAAAAAAUUCCAGAGGCUAACUCUCGUGCCUCCAGCCCUUCCUGCUCAGAUUACGAGAACUUCCCCCUGGUGCCAACACUGGAGACGUCUUUCCUGGCUCGUGCUGGCAAGAACGAGUUCCUCAACCUUGUUCCAGACAUUGAGGAAAUGAGGCCAGGGUCGGUGGUUUCCAAGAAGGGCUACCUGAACUUCAUGGAGCCGCGCUCCAACUCGUGGGUGAAGCACUUUGUGGCGGUGCGCCGGCCGUACGUCUUCAUCUACAACAGCGACAAGGACCCUGUGGAGAGAGGGGUGCUCAACCUGUCCACCGCCCAAGUGGAGUACAGCGAGGACCAGCAGGCCAUGCUCAAGACUCCCAACACGUUUGCUGUGUGCACGAAGCACAGAGGAAUCCUCCUGCAGGCGAAUAAUGACAAGGACAUGAAUGACUGGCUGUAUGCCUUCAACCCCCUGCUGGCGGGAACUAUAAGGUCAAAGUUGGCAAGAAGACGUUCCGGACUGCUGAAGAAGUGAAAGCUGUCCAGUCUAUGGAAGAUGACGUUCCUCUGACUAAGCUUUCAGCAUACCAAGUGUUACCACUUAUUAAUUAUUGUGAUUUUUUGCCGGUUUUCUCUUGUACGUAGACCUGUGGCUUAAAUCCCUUGUCCAGCUUCCAUUUCAGUUCCUGAAUCCCCCUCUCUAUCUCAGCCUUUUCUGUUUUUCCCCUUGAAUCUGUACCGUCUUUUCGUUCUGUCACACCUAACCCUUCUGCUAGAGGCAUGUUGUAAUACAGUCUUUGUGUGUGCACGAUUCUUCAGAAACAACUUCUCUCUUUCUCCACUUUCCUCUGUUAAUUAUUCAUCUGUAAAGAUCGUCCUUAUUUAGUGUUUAUCCGUCGGUCAGGACCUUUCCCAAGCCCGCAUGGCUACGGUGACGGUGAAGGCCGAGGAUAGCCCAUCAAGGCCGAUCUGAAUGCGACACUGAAAGUAAACGAACGUUGGGAGGAGGGAGAAAAAAAAAUGCAAAGUACAAGAGUGUCAGCCUCUUCCCCUCCCCAGGAGGACUGGGCUGAACUAUUUAUCGGCAGUUCACUGGGCUUAUAAUUGGCAUAAUGACCGAGCCUGCUCUGAUUGGCUUCCUUGUUAAUCUGCAGAACCUAAUAAUCCAAUGACUAAGGAUGAGCCCAGGGACUCCUCCAAAAUCUGAUAGGUGGUGGUGUUUUUUUUUUAUGAAAUAUGGUUGUAGCACUAGUUUAAAGCACAGCGUGAAAGGACAGUGUGAGGAGGUGCCUUCCCGUGAGGCAUCGGGUCCGCGGCCUGUGGGGACAGUACCUGCAGUCACUCGCAGGGCACUCCCCCUUGCGCUGCACCCUGCCGGACUUUGGGGAGAGGAAGCUCCUUCUCCAAAGACCGGAAAGCACACAGGUGCGAUCACUCAGGUGCAGGUGGGAAUUUUAACGCCUGGCAGAGAGUGACGGUGUCACAGUGAACUAGUGCUGCUAUCGUAUUUCCUCGAGUGAUUUUAGCUGCUACAUCCUGGACGAAAUGCUCAAGCGCCCAACUGACAGGUCAGAAAGCGCAACUUCUGUAUGAACAGAAUGUCAUUUGUACAUAAACAUAACAGGCUUCUCAACUUAAUUAUGCAGGGCAAAAUCUUUUUUUUGAAGUUAUUUCUUUCUGUAAUGCUCAUAGACGAUUGCGUGCAGGAUCAGAAUAAUGCUACGAAUUCCGGAACAGAUGUGCUGGCCCUCCCCGCCUUGUCCCUAAAAUCAGAACCAAAAAGCAUAAAAACCACUUCAAAUAGAAUGGCUGAAGGACAUCUGGGGAAGUGAAGUCUGAUUCGAUAUCUUUCAUCUCUAUGGCGGCAUCACCGGUGCUCAUUAUGAAGCCAUGAGCUGGGAUAUCCUACGAGAGUAUAUAUAAUACUCAGGCUAAUGAAAAGACCCAGUGCCCUGUCCUCUCUGAUGGCACGUAUGCCAGUACUAUGCUACCAUACUCCUACAGAAUUCUUUUUGUUGUUGGCUUUUUUUUUUAAUGCAGUGUAGUAGUAUAGCGGUAUUCUUCCCUAACGGGAUUUGAAAAUGAUGUGAAAAGAAUCUCUGUGGAGGAGGACAGAUGAGGAAAAGCAGCCAUUUCAUUCUCUCGAUCUUCACGUGUCUGUUUCACCUGUAAGAUCAUUAGCAGACAUGAUGGUUUAAGGUUCGAGUUGCUGAAAUGCUAUAAUGAUUGUUCAGACACUUGUGACCUCUAGUGAAGGAAUGUUACAGUCUUAAUUCUUUGAUACUUUAAUACACUAAAUCACACAGGGAAGAGAGUGAUAAACUGCUCUGAUAUAUUUUUAUUUUUGAAAAUCUUUGCUCAUUUUGGCGUUGCCUGCAAAUUUGGGUUGAAGUACGGGGUUUGAUUGAGAAGCUCCUUUCCUGGAUGUCAGGCUGCUGUAACUGCACUGAACCAGCGUGACGGACAGGGGGGGUUCAGUGCUCUGGCCAACCAACCAGCGGCCUGCCCCCCACUGGUGUCCUCACACUGAAAGUAUACGGUCUCAGGGAAGAGUGCCACUGGUCAGUUUUGCCCAGGAUGGGGUAAUUAAUUUUACCCACCCCCAGUUUUUACACCCCAUUCGUUCCAUCACAGAGGACCAAUCAAAAUGACAGUCCUUAAAAUAAAUCGUUAUCUUUUAUUAUAAGAAGAGAUGUUCAAAAGUGUUACAGUGACUGAGGUCAGCUAGCCUCAAGAUUACAAAAGAAGGUGGUUUUAAACAGGGUAUGAUUUAUUUACAUGUAUUUUAAGCAGCCUAAAACAAUGCUUACGAGGAAUUUUGAUCACUCCAAAGAAAAGCACUUUUUUUUUUUAAACAGGCUAUCUAUUCCGGUUAAACUGUUGGUUGUUUCUCCUCUGUUAUUGAAAACUAAGUAUGGGAUUUGGAGGAAAAGGGCAUUAAUAAUUGUUUGAGCAAAGGUUUUUCUUUGAGUCACUUGUUUACUAAUCUACAGGGGUAGAUAUGGAUUAUGAAUUGCUUUAACAACUGUUUAUUUUUAUUCCUAUGUAUAUAUUAGUUUGCAGCCUUUUGCACAAAAUAAAUGGGUUUGAGUAACUUAGGCACGUAGGGUGAGGAGCGAGGUGACUGAGCUGAAGACAGGAGCGGAAAGAUGUGCGGCGCGUAGCAGGAAGCGGAAGGAUGCUGGAUGUAUUGUAAAGGCGUUGUCUGCUCUUCUUUCUUUAUAUGGUUUGACAUCUAUAGUACAAUGACAAAAACUGUAUAAUCUUCAGGGGCAUUUAAUCGGGAGCCGGGAUCAUUUCUGUGCCUCCUGUUUCCAGAAGUGGGGGGGGGGGGGUUUGGUUUUUAAGGAUGUUUUAAGAGCUCAGUUGUCACCAGAACCCUAACACGUAAAAUGUUAGCCUAGCUCCUCACCAUAGCAUCACAUUGUCGACGCAGGCCUAUGUUAGGUUUGUUCCUUUUUAAUACAUGGGCUGUACCUUUAAGAUAAGAUGAGGUAUGACUGAGGCGUACAAAAACGCAGCUCCUUCUUCUUCCUCAUCCUGCUGGCUUCUUUCUGUGCUUUAUGAAAACCAAACUAACUCGGAACUGUCCUCUCUAAGGGAAGGUUUAGUUUAAAAUGAAAGGAAAUACCAAGAUCAUAACCCUCUGCUUCAAGACAACAAAGGCGUUAACACUGUAUAUUGUUAGACCAGCUUCAUUUUCAUACUUCUGUAAAUAUAUGUGUUGUAUGGGGCUUGAAUUAAAAUGUAAAUAUGUUUCAUGUAUUUGUAAUAAUUAUAAUCCAUUCGCUGUAUAGCCUAGACGUGUAAUGCAGAUAUCUUAAUUCUGUGUAUGGUAAUCUUGCACCAUUGAACUGUUUAGUGAAUGAGGUAACAAUAAAAGUACAUGCAGUGCAUUAGCAGAAUAAUAA